AUGUCGGGCCUGUCUCUCACAGAGUACAGCGCCAACCCGUCGCCGCCUUCAGAGGCCAAGAGGGAGCGGAUGAAGAAGACCGUACCAGCAGAGUAUCUGCUUCCUAACGGACAUCCCGAUUACCUCCGCUUGAUCCUUACGUCUCGAGUCUACGAAGUCUGCAAAGAAACCUCGCUUAUGCCUGCCGUCAAUAUCUCAAACCGACUCGAAUGCAAUGUCUUGCUCAAGCGAGAGGACGAACAGCCCGUGUUCAGCUUCAAGCUGCGCGGCGCCUAUAACAAGAUGGCACAUCUGGACAGGAACCUGAGCUGGAAAGGCGUGGUAGCGUGCAGUGCUGGGAACCAUGCACAAGGCGUCGCCUACUCUGCACGAAAACUUAAGAUUCCCGCGACUAUUGUUAUGCCCGAGGGUACCCCGAGUAUCAAGCUUCGAAAUGUCUCGAGAAUGGGUGGGUGCGUGGUAUUGCACGGCCCAGACUUUGACGCCGCGCAGGAGGAAUGUAUGAGGUUAGAAAAGGUUCAUGGCCUAAUUAACAUUCCACCCUUUGACGAUCCGUACGUUAUUGCUGGGCAAGGUACUAUUGGCAUGGAACUGUUGCGACAAACGAACAUCCAAAAGCUCGAGGCCAUUUUCUGCUGUGUAGGUGGCGGUGGUCUGAUUGCCGGAAUCGGCGUCUACGUGAAGCGCAUAGCGCCCCACGUCAAAAUCAUUGGCGUGGAGACAGAGGAUGCCAAUGCCAUGGCUCAGUCCUUGCGACAGGGCAAGAGGGUUGUGUUGAAAGAAGUUGGACUUUUCGCCGACGGCGCAGCAGUCAAGACGGUGGGCGAAGAGACAUUCCGCAUCUGCCAAGAAGUGGUAGACGAGGUCGUCCAAGUCAACACCGAUGAAACAUGCGCGGCCAUCAAGGACGUUUUCGAAGACACUCGAUCCAUCGUCGAGCCCGCCGGUGCGCUUGCCCUUGCUGGUUUGAAGAAAUGGGUUACGAACAAUCCAUCCGGCGACCCCAACCGCUCCGUCAUUGCCAUCACGAGCGGUGCGAACAUGAAUUUCGAUCGCCUGCGCUUUGUUGCUGAACGCGCUGCCCUGGGUGAGGGCAAGGAGGCCCUACUCUCCGUCAGCAUCCCCGAGCGCCCUGGAGCCUUCCACGAACUCGUCAAUACCAUCAUGCCCCACGACGUGACCGAGUUCAGCUAUCGUUAUGCUACGAACGAGGUUGCCAACGUGCUGGUGGGUAUGUCACUCGCAGGUGCAGCAUCUCAGCGCGCGUCCGAGCUUCAGACGUUGAUGAACCGUAUGACGUCUGUCGGCAUGACGGUGACAGAUCUCUCGGGUGACGAGCUCGCCAAGUCGCACAUUCGGUACCUAGUCGGCGGACGUUCCGACGUCGCAGAUGAGCGGUUAUACAUGUUCAAUUUCCCCGAGCGGCCGGGCGCUCUGAUAAAGUUCUUAACCGUACUUAAGUUAAGGUACAACAUCAGCCUCUUCCAGUACCGCAACGGUGGAAGUGACGUAGGCAAGAUCGUCGCGGGAAUACAGUGCCCCGAUGCCGAAGUGCCCGAGCUGGAGAAGUUCCUCAGGGAAAUUGGCUACCCGUGGAGUGAUUGCACGCAGAGCUCAGUGUUCCAGACUUUCUUACGAAAUUAG